UGUAUUUGGAUUUGUAAGAGGAAACCAGAGAAGCCGGUGGAAACCCACACGGACACAGAGAGAACGUGCAAAUUCCACACAAAAGAAGAAACAAGCACAGCGCAGAACACGGAGACACCUGCGCGCACCAAGACUUUUACUCGGCUUUUUUCUAUUUGGUUUUCUUUCUACGGAGCGAUCGGGGAGGAAGAGAGGACCGUAACGUUUUAAGAUCGACAGGGGGAACUGAAAGAAAGUCAGCGUUCAUGUUCGGGAUCCAGGAAAGCAUCCAGAGGAGCGGGAGCAGUAUGAAGGAAGAGCCGAUCGGCGGCAUGAACACGGUGCGCUCGUGGAUGCAGGGAACCGGCCUGCUGGACGCCACCACCGCCGCACAGAGUGGUGUAGGUCUGGCCCGGGCUCACUUUGAGAAACAGCCUCCAUCCAAUCUGCGCAAAUCCAACUUCUUCCACUUUGUGCUAGCUCUGUAUGACAGGCAGGGUCAACCUGUGGAGAUCGAACGCACCUCUUUCGUUGGAUUUGUGGAAAAAGAUAAGGAACCUAAUGGGGAAAAAACAAACAAUGGAAUUCAUUACAAAUUACAGCUACUAUACAGCAACGGUAUUAGGACAGAGCAAGACUUCUACGUACGCUUGAUUGACUCUAUGACCAAACAGGCUAUAAUGUAUGAAGGUCAAGACAAGAAUCCAGAAAUGUGCCGAGUGCUGUUAACGCAUGAGAUCAUGUGCAGCCGCUGUUGUGACAAGAAGAGUUGUGGCAACCGUAAUGAGACGCCGUCCGACCCGGUCAUCAUCGACAGAUUUUUCCUCAAGUUCUUUCUGAAGUGCAACCAGAACUGUCUAAAGAAUGCAGGAAACCCACGAGAUAUGCGACGCUUCCAGGUUGUGGUAUCUACGACAGUCAGUGUGGAUGGACAUGUCCUGGCCGUGUCUGAUAAUAUGUUUGUACACAACAACUCUAAGCAUGGGCGCAGGGCUCGUCGACUGGACCCUUCAGAAGGCACUCCUUCAUACCUGGAACAUGCAGCCACUCCAUGCAUUAAAGCCAUCAGUCCCAGUGAGGGUUGGACUACAGGCGGAGCCACUGUCAUCAUCAUCGGGGACAAUUUCUUCGACGGCCUACAAGUCAUUUUUGGUACAAUGCUGGUGUGGAGCGAGCUUAUCACCCCCCAUGCGAUUCGGGUACAGACUCCCCCCAGACACAUCCCUGGGGUGGUAGAGGUCACUCUUUCCUACAAGUCCAAACAGUUCUGCAAGGGAACACCAGGCAGAUUCAUCUACACAGCACUAAACGAGCCUACCAUUGACUACGGAUUCCAGCGGUUACAGAAGGUCAUCCCCAGACAUCCUGGUGAUCCUGAACGCCUACCGAAGGAAGUAAUUCUGAAGAGAGCGGCAGAUCUUGUAGAAGCCCUGUAUGGAAUGCCACACAAUAAUCAGGAGAUCAUUCUGAAGAGGGCAGCAGACAUUGCGGAGGCACUCUACAAUGUCCCACGCACCCACAACCAGCUCUCCGGCCUGGCAAACAGUUCCGUACAUGCUGGCAUGAUGGGCGUCAAUUCUUUCCACGGCCAGCUUGCUGUUAAUGUCUCCGAGUCUACGCAGGCAGCCAAUCAGGGUUUCACUCGGAACACCAGUAGCGUGUCUCCACAUGGUUACGUGCCCAGCUCUACACCCCAGCAGAGCAGUUACAGUACAGUCAGCACGAGUUUGAACGGCUACGGCAACAGUGGCAUGACCACACUGGGAGGAUCGCCCAACUUUCUUAAUGGCUCAGCCGCCAACUCUCCCUAUGCCAUCGUGCCCUCCAGUCCCACCAUGGCCUCCUCCACCAGCCUACCCUCCAACUGCAGCAGCUCCUCGGGCAUCUUCUCCUUCUCACCCGCAAACAUGGUGUCGGCCGUUAAACAGAAGAGCGCUUUCGCACCAGUGGUGCGGCCCCAGGCCUCACCGCCUCCCACCUGCACCAGUGCAAAUGGCAACGGGCUCCAAGUAGAUCAGUCUUUUGUGGACUCUAGCAAGUAUUCCACAGCUAGCUCCCUGCAGGGACUGGCCUUCUCCUGAACAAUCCCAGGGAUGAUUGUUCCUCCCAUGUAGAGGUUCUGGACUGCUGAGGAGACACGUUUUGUAUCAGUUCAUGCUCCGAAAAGCCCUCAUGGUCUGAACCCCCAAGAUCUUCAUGAGGACAUAAGAGAGAAAACCCUGACUUUGAAAACUCAGGACUUUUUACAUGGAAAAGAAGGGAGAUGAGAUGAUGAAUG